GGGAAGCAGAGGAGAGAGCAAUGAGCUCUCAGCCACACUGCACUCCAGACUAUAGGGCAUACAGGACUCGCACACACUUUCUCUCCACUGCAACCCAACCCAGACAGGCGACAUGUGUAAGGGAUUAGCGGAUCUGCCAGCAACAUGCUUGAAAAGUGCCAAAGACAUGAAACACUGGAUUGGAAACCGGUUACAAAAGCCAGACAAAAGUGUCCUCAAUGCCAAGAACAGGGCACAGAAGAUGGCCCCUUAUACAAAGAGACCUGACCUGACCAAGGUACGUAAGUGGGGUGAAUCUUUGGACAUGCUGAUUAAUGAUGAAGCUGGUUUGAAGGCUUUUUCACAUUUCCUGAAGUCUGAAUUCAGCCAAGAGAACAUUGAGUUCUGGACGGAAUGUGAGGAAUACAGGAGAAUGACUUCCAAGAAAAAUCUGUCCGAUAAGGCAAAGGAGAUCUACUCUGUGUAUGUGGAUGUUGAGUCUCCUAAACAGGUAAAUCUGGACUCUGCUACAAGGGAGAAGACUGGAAAGAACAUGGCGGAUGUCAGCCUGUCCUGCUUCGAGGACGCCCAGAGGAUGAUCUUCCUGCUGAUGGAGAAAGACUCCUACAAACGCUUCCUCAAGUCAAGGCUGUUCCUGGAGCUUGUCCAAGGCUCGCGGGUGCCCAUCAGUCACUGCGCUAUGGAGGAGAGCAGCAAGCAGAACAUGUCCAUCUUGCUCGGCGCGUAGAGGCUCGGCAUGUACUCACAGGCCAUCGACAGCCAUGCCGCAGACAUAGGGUCACUACACCAUCAGGCAACUCAAUAAAGGGCAUGCCAGUUUAUGAGACCAGUCUUGACAAGGAUUUCAUUAAUCCCAGUGACAGGGAAUCCCAUGACAGGAAAUGGGAAGGUGUGAGCUUUGCAGAGGGGCUUGUGGGAAAUUCCUACACCAUAGCUGGAAUGCCUGGUGAUUUUCUGUGAGAGGUGCACCACACAUCAGCUAUUAAGAGUGGUUUAUGCUACUUAAACUUGCACUAAAUAAAUGGACAGGGACUCCAUUUUGUUUCUGUCCCCUUAAUAUUUUGGCCCAAAACAAAGGGCUCAAAGUACUCAACCUUCAAACGAACCAUGUGCACAAAAAGAGGUUCAGAAUCAACAUGUAAAAACUAAACAAGCCGCUUUGGAAGAUAUGUUUAGUCAUCUUUGUCAUGUGUUUGAGAGGGAAAAUACAUAGUUUACUUUGUAUUGUUCUGUGAGUGCUUAUAAGCCACAGCUCAGGUAUCGGAUUGUACAAUAUCAAUAAUAUGUACGGUAUGAUCAGCUGCAGUUUUUACAUGUGUAUCUUGUGAAUGUUUUACAUGAUUACCAUUUACAUGCAUGUUUGAUUGUGUACCUCAAUACAAUAUUCAAUGAUCUUGUGCAGCCCUCCAUUUCUGUAACUUUAACAAUCUAUGUUAUGAUGACAUACUGCACUUUCUUUGAAUUAUCAUAUGCACAUUUCACUUUUGUAGCCGAAACUUUAAAAUAGACAAAUACAGUAGGCUUAUACAGUGUGGAGUACUGCCUACAGUAUAGCAUAGUAGGCAGUAUGACAUACAGAUACUAUACUAUACUAUACUAUACUAUACUAUACUAUACUAUACUAUACUAUACUGUAUAUUUAUCAAGGUUUCUUUCUUUACAUGAAAGAGAUGUGACUAUUUUGCUUUCUCUGUUAAAUGUGUUGGCUCUCAGUUGUGAUAGUAAAAUGAUUUAUUGUAAAUAUACUUGGCGACCUUGGUAAGAGACCCUACAAUGUGGAGCGAAGGUGCUACAGGCCAUUUCCCAUUAAAAAUAAACUAUCUACAAAUGACAACAA